CCUUGCUGGGCUGCCCCUUCGCUCCCGCAGUGCCAAAGACGCAAUGGAAGGGAGGGGCGGAGCGAGGCGUAAUACCGCCUCCCUGUGCUCCGGCCUCACUAGUCCGGCUGCUAACCAACCCACAGCCGGGAGGCGGCUGCUCCCCCUCCUCCCUCUCCCUUGACCUGCCCUUGGACCUGACCUGCACUCGGCAGUGCAGACACUGUCGGAGAAGCAGUUCCAUACUUGGUAGUCCAGAAGUAUUCCUUGGGGGUUAUGCCAGGCAGCAUAAGCCAGCAUGCUUCCCGGGUAAGAACUCUAUACCGGAAGAUUCUGCAGCUGCACCAAGCACUGCCAUUGGAGCUGAAGGCCCUGGGAGAUCAGUAUGUGAAAGAUGAAUUCAGGAGGCACAAAUCUGUUGGCCCUGAAGAGGCCCAGCAGUUCCUGAAGGAAUGGGAGAACUAUGCAGCAGUGCUGUGGCAGCAAGCUAGCCAAAGUGUAAAGAAUUCAACCAGCAGGCCUCACUUUGGAUCUCACCUCUCAGAAGAGAAACUUAAUGCCCUUCGAGAUGAGCAGGUUGGACAGUUACAGGAACUAAUGCAAGAAGCCACCAAACCCAAGAGACAGUUUAAUGUUGUAGAUGACACCGAAUUCAAAAGCUAGCAUAUUUCUAUGCAUGUGCACUAAGCCAGGGUGGCCAACCAGAGGCUCUCCAGCUGCUCUUGAACUACAACUCCCAUCAUCCCCGGCCACUUCAGCUUGGGAUUGUGGGCAUUGUAGUCCAGCAAUGGCUAGAAAACCUCAGGUUGGUCACCUCUGUGUCAAAUCGUUUUUAUAGUGUUCCUUUUGCUAUAAUUGUAAAGAGAGCCUCACUCUGAAGAAUAAAUGAAGCUGAUAUGCA